GCAAACAUACUCAAAUUGUUCGUAUAAAUAUGUAAAUCUAGAGUAUUAUAUUAAUUAUCCAAUAGUCUGUUUAACUUCUAACAAGAAAUCACUUCAUCGAUAUCUUUUAUCAUUCAUGACUUUGGAGUUUUCGUUAUCAUGUCGUUAUGUUUUAUCCAAGUUGAGUAAGAUAAAAUUAAAUAUUUAUGCUCAAUACGGGUUACGUUACCAUCACUUUAUUAUUUCGCUUCUCAUAAUACGAGAUCAUAACAACAUUCAUAAGUUAGUUUACUUCAUCACAAUGGGCUUGACGUACUUGAUAUUUAUACUUUUCAUAAUUCUCUUAAUAAUAUACUGUUACUUGAAAAGACUUCACAGUCAUUGGGAAAAUCAAAAUGUACCGUCACUACUCAAUCCAAAUACUAUUUUAGGGCACAUGCUGCCCGUAAUUACCCUUCAAGAAAAUAUAGCAGAGUUUGUUGGUAAAGCUUACAAAAAUUUUAAUUCCAGCGUUGUUGGCUUUUAUUUCAUGCGGAAACCAGGGAUAAUAGUGCGCGAUCCGGACCUCGUAAAAAGUGUAUUACAGACUAAUUUUUCAAGUUUUCAUAACAAUUUUAUAAAAAUAAGUGAUAAAAACGACCCAAUUUUAAUAAAAAAUCCAUUUUUCACGAGUGAUUUUAAUCUAUGGAGAGAACGAAGAAAUAGAAUAUCAAAUAAUUUGUCGAGCAAGAAGAUUAAGUAUCUUUUCGUCAUCAGUCAAGAAGUUUGCAACAAAAUGAUUGCAUUUGUUGACAGAAAAAUCCAAGAAAACGGUGAAUUUUACGAGUGCGAACUAAAGCAGUAUUUUACUCGAUGUACCGGGGAAAUUGUAGCUAAUGCUGCAUUUUCAAUCGAAGGUCAGAGCUUUGAAGACAAUCCAGAUCCCCUGUCCUUCACCAACAUCGCCAAAACUCUAUUAGAACCGACAUUAAUCAACGGUAUUAAACAAUCAAUUAUAUUCUUUUUCCCUAGUGUUGCAAAUUUCUUAGGCGUUGCUUUCUUGGCGAAAAAAUCCGACAAAUACAUGCGACAAAAUAUUAAAAAGAUUCUUGAAAAGAGACAAAAGACUGGAAAGACUCCGAAUGAUUAUCUACAAUUCAGUCUGGAAUGUAGCUCAGAUCUGGACGAUAUUCUCGCUGACGUAGUUAAUUUCUAUGGUGACGUUUAUGAGACUUCUAGUUCAGCUAUGGCCAAUCUAUUUUAUCUCUUGUCACAGAACCCGGAGAUUCAAUUAAACUUACGUGACCACAUUACUGCAGUGUUGAGGGAGAACAACGGACAAGUGACUUAUGAAUCUUUGAAAAAUAUGACUUACCUCGAUCAAGUGAUUCACGAAUCGUUACGCAUGAUUCCGCCAUUUGGUGUACAAAUGAAAUAUUGCACGGAAGAGAUAACAUUGAAGGGUUCCGAUGGCAUCACUUGUCACAUGAAACCCGGCAAUGUAGUUUUCAUUCCUGGUAUAUGCCUGCAGCAAGAUGAACGAUAUUGGCACAAUCCAGAAGUAUUUGACCCAGAGAGAUUCAGUCCGGUAAACCAGAAGCGCUACAACAAGUACACAUUUUUGCCAUUUGGAGAGGGACCACGAAUGUGCGUUGGUAUGCGCUUUGGCCUCAUGUUAGUGAAACAAAGUGCUGCAUCGCUGAUAACAAAAUUUUCCAUUGAACAUUCACCGAUGACGAAAAUGCCUCUGAAAAUUGAUCCAAAUUCAAUUAUGACUGGGUACAAGGGAGGUUUGUGGGGGCGAUUUAAAAAAUUGAACUAGUGCUCAUAUACUGUACAUGUCGUUAUUUACAAUGUAUGCUAUAUUUCUCGGUUAUAAAAAUAUUAAUUCGAAAUAAAUUUUGACGUAUUUCUUUUAGUACAACAUUUGCUAUUUUUCCUUAGUAAUGCUUCGAAAGUCCAUCAAAAUCCGUUAUCUUUGUAUGUAUUAUAUCUCCGCAUGUAAUAUGCGUUUCAAUAUAAUUAAUGCGUUCUAAUUGGUAAUUGAUAAAUUACCACACGUGUAUUUAAUUUGACAUGAUAAGUGAUCAAUAGUUUAUAAUACCAAAGUCUCUGCCUUUCUAAAACAUUGACAUCGUUACUUAUGGAUAUUUCCUUGCACUUGCUUUUAUU